AUGCUGCCAAUAUCUUCAUAUGCAAGUGAGAGGGUGAAUACAGAAAAUGAACAGCACAUACAACCAGAAGUGGUGCAAGAUAACUACAAAGAACCUUCUAACCAGAAAGUGUGGUCCCUUCUUGACCUACCAGAUGAAGUACUCGAGCUUAUCACUUCAUAUCUUAACCAACUUACUGUUCUUGAAAUAGGAUUAACCAAUUCAAGAAUGAACAACUUAGCAACUAGAAAACUCUACAGAAAUAUCUAUGUUAACAAUGGCCCAUCUCCAAUUUUGAUCGCAAGAACGCUACACACAUCGUUUUAUAUUCAAUACACUGUGAUUAACAACUUGAAGAACUUUAAACAGAUAUGUUCCAAUCUUAACAUGAAGCACAUCCACAAAGUUAUGUUCUAUCUGGAUGCAAUCUUCCAAGACUUGAUUCCCCUUGUCUGUCUUCUAUCUACAAAAGUGGUUCUCGAGUUUGAGAACAAAGUCUCUUAUGAUACCAUAGUAUUUGAUCAUUCAGAUUUAUACAUAUCGAAAGUAUUGAAGGUACCACCUGUAUCCAUGCCUUGUAUUAACAAAUUCACAGUUGAUUGUUCAACGGAUGUUGACCUAUCAAUAUUAUUAUACUUGCCCAACUUGAAAACAAUCGAAAUCUCGAAAGCAAAUAGUGAAACAAUUUCACGAUUUGAUGCCAUUAAGGAUAUUUCACUUAAAAUAAAAAACUUUUCUAUUUCCUUGCUUGAGAUGGUUGACAUAAGAUUCAUAGAGAAGUUUUUCAAACUUGAUCAAAUAAUAUUUUUCCAACUUCAUAUAUGUGAACCAGAGAAUUUCAACUAUAUUUUUAAUAUGCAGUUACUACUUGUGUUUGUACGAAUGAAAAGACUAAAACAUUUAGCAUUAUCAAACUUUCCCUUUGAAACAAAUAAUAUAAUCAGUGCAAUCCAGAGCGAUUUGCAGAGUUUAUUUCUACGAUUCAAUACCGAGUUUGAACAGACUCCAUUUUCCGUGCUCCAAGUUAUAUACAGUCACAAAGCACUUGCAAGGAUAUGCUUGACAAUAGAGGAACCUGUAAAUGAAUUCUGGAGUUUGCAGGACUUUGGGAGGGUUUACAAGCAUGAAAGCACGAAAAUUAAUGUUGAUUGUAUGGAAACACUUGAUAAAUUUCGAUUAGCUGUGAAGCAUGGGUUAUGUCCAAAAUUGAAUCAAGUUAUUUUAAAUCAAGGCUACUAUUCUGUAGAGAGGUAUUCAGAUGGAUCAUCCGACUUUGUCAAAUACUAG